AUGUCUGCAAGCAGGAUGUUUUGCGUUGGUGACUGUGUCAUUUUUCGUCUUCUCCAGAAUGGCUACAACAAAAUGGGCGCUAUUUGUCACAACAACACUUGCGUGGGAAUUAGCGCAUGCUGUGGAUGGGCUUAUUCUAAUUGCUUUCCACGAGAGAUUCCGCGUGAUACUACGUCAGCCAUCAAUGCUAUGGCGAAACGAAUUCACCGAAACAAAGGCCGCAAACAUUCCUACAAACACUUCAAGGGUUCUCACGAGUGA